AUGCCUUCGCCAUCAGACUCCAGCAGCGUGGCCUCGGCCUCGGGGUCUCGAGGAUGGUCGGACAGCCGUAGAGGCAUGUCGGGUCGGGGGCCCGGUGGUGCACGGCUGCUCCUCUACCUGGGCCUGUGCCACCUGGGCCUAGGGGCCAUGGUCCUGGCCUUCUCCUUCACCAGCAUGGCCUUCACCUCCUCAGCCCGAGUGAGACAGUCCUGUCCAUUUUGGGCUGGUUUCUUUGUGGUGGCCUCAGGAAUAGUUGGAAUAAUCUCAUGGAGGAGACCGUUGACACUGGUGGUGUCACUGUUCAUGCUGCUGUCUGCAGUGUGUGUGAUCCUCAGCCUGGCCGGCUCCAUGCUCUCCUGUCAGAACGCACAGAUGGUCAAGUCGAUGCUCACCUGCCAGGUGGAGAAUGGUCUGUGUGUGUGUUGUGCGCCUACUCAGUCCUGCUCCAUCACAGAGGAGGAGACCCUGGUGCUGUACCUGAACGCUGACUGCCACUCGGUCCGGCAUCGCUUGAAGGACCUUUUGUUUAGUGCUUGCGGUCUCAGCAUUCUCUCCACCAUCAUCUGCACCUUGUCCACUGUGACCUGCAGUAUUCACAUAUUCUCCCUGGACCUCGUGCACCUGCUGGCUCCUCAUCGCUCUCGUUCAGUCAACCCAGAAUGCACCACUCCUCAGGACGCCUUCCUGACCAACAUCAUGGACUUUGAGGAGUUUGUCCCACCCAUCCCUCCGCCUCCCUACUAUCCUCCUGAGUACACCUGCAGCUCGGAGACAGACGCUCAGAGCAUCACCUAUAAUGGCUCCAUGGAGAGCCCUGUACCCCUGUACCCCACUGAUUGUCCCCCUCCAUAUGAAGCUGUGAUGGGACAGAGGGCCGCCAGCCAGGCAACAAUGUUCGACCCUCAGGGCACUGAGCUGUCUGGAGAGAGAGGAACUUCUACUGCCUUCAGUGGAGAAGUGUCCAUGGACAGUGGAUCUCUGCUGAUGUCGGAGAUUGUGGACAUCCCUGAUGAUUCGUCUCCAUCAGAGGACUCAUAUCUGAUGGAUGUUGGGCUAAGGCACCAGGGGGAGAGAGGAAACAGGUCCGCUGGUGGUGAGGUGGGAGACGGGGGAGACGCAGGGGAGUAUAUCAGCUUCCGUGGUCCUCCAUCUCAAACACCGGAGAGUCCUCUGGCAGGAGGACCGAGAGCGAGACGCUUCCUCCGAGGAGAGAGGUCCAACUCCUGCUCCUCUCCCAGCACAGCCUCCCCCACAUACAGGUCUCCAGUUCUGCGUCGCCAGGCCAUGCUAGCCAGCAGCUGUUCUCAACUGGAAGCAAUAGGUGGCUCUGCCUCUCAACAGCAAUCCUCCAUCCCAGAGAUUCGACUUCAGCUGCCACAGGGAGCUGCUGCCACCUCAUCUGGUCCCCUCACUUCAUCCUCCUCAGCCGCCAGCGAGCAGGGCGGAGGUCAGGGUCAGGGGCCGCUCCUCCCACGUCAACCGUUGUACCUUCGGCGAAGGGCGGGGAAGAGUGAGAAGGAUGGAGAGCGUGUGAGAGGGGAUAGUGAACGGCUGCCGCACCUGGUGAGGUCACACAGUGAGCCCGGGCUCGGCUCCUCCAGUGACACAGUUGACUUUGGCUCUGGAGGAAGCAAAGUCUCUAUCGAUACGGGUCCGUCCUCGGAGGCGUGUCUGCUGCCGCCCACUUCUUUUCCUCCUGCUGCAGCUUUGCCCAUGAAAAGCAGCGUAAAAUCUGCAACCACAGGGGUGCAGGUCCCCGCCAAACCUCCACCCACAUCCCCACUGCGUUUACCUAAAGACUGCCACCGUUCCCUCGGAGACCUUAAGGUGACACGAGUUCUAAUGGCUCGUUUCCUUCAACGCUCCAAACGCAACCUAGCUCCCUCCUCUGAGCAUGCUGGGAGCACAGGGCAGGGGCCCAAGAGGCGGGGGGGAGCCGAGGGAGUGGCCAACAACCAUCUAUCCCUAGAACAAAUGUUGCGGACCCCUUGGAGCACCAGCCGAGGACCACCCAACCAUCAGGCUCACCAUCCCCCUCAACACCGCGGACACCACCAUUCCCACAGUGACAGUCGACACAACCGGCACUACAGCGGCCGGGUUCCCGAGGGGAUCCAUCUGCGCAGCUGUGGAGAUUUGAGCUCCUCGUCCUCAGCAUCACUACAUCGAUUGCUGACGCCUUAUCCUCCGCAUGGGUCAUCGGGAGCUCUCUACUCUGAGUCUGCGCUGUGA